AAGGCACCGUUACGCUCAGGGCUUGCUUUUUUUCCCUUUCCCAUUUAUUUUUGAUUUUACCUCUCCGUUCCGUUCAAGGGCGUAAUUUUCUUCAUCUAGCAUUCUUCAUUGAUUUAUCUCACGCUCAUUGAACCACAGAUAAACGAAAAAAUACUUGAUCACUCAGCAUUGAAACCGACUCUCGUUUUUAAAAAAAAUCAAGUCUUAUUCACGUUCAUUAUCGAUCAGAACUCACCGAUCUAUCACAUCCAACUUUCGUCAACCAAAUCAUUCAUCUCAGUUUUAUCCUCAAUGCUACCCAUUAACCAUCCUGUAGCCAAUUAUGCUACCAAGUAUGAAGGAACUACACUUCCAAGUCUUCUUCGACACCCAUCAUUUUCACAUUCUACUCGAUUAGCUUCUCGAUCCUCUUCUAUGUCAUCUAAUACCACCAAUCAAGAAGUUUCAAGACCAUUCUUAUUUGAUGAAAAAAUUAACAGUCCUAAUCGAGUUUUACGAAAUGAAUCAUCUCAUGAUCAUCUGGCCAAUGGAAGGAGUCUUUUACCGAUUAGUAAUACACCAGAGGAAACACCUUCACGUACAAAAGUGAUUGGAACGGUGUUGUUUUAUCUUGUUGCUGCUAUUGUUAUGGUCUUCUCGAAUAAGUGGGUCUUGAAUGCCACCUCUAUUCCCCUCACGUUUCUCUUUUUUCAAUUGAUCAUGGCGGUGAUAUUACUCCAAUUAUGCGCUCUUACGGGUCAUCUGAAGAUUCCUACCUUCAGUUGGAGCACUACUUACUCCUUGUUACCACUUAUACUCAUCAAUGUUUCUGGACUAGUCUUCAACACCUUUUGCCUUCAAUACGUCGAUGCAUCGUUUUAUCAAGUCGCCCGUGGUUUGAUCCUACCCUUCACAGUCUUGGCCUCAUACCUUUUUCUAGACUCCAAGCCUAGCCCGAAUACUCUUUCAGCUGUCUUGGUAGUUUGUGUGGGAUUCUUUUGGGGAGUCAAGUCUGAGCAACUCACGGCGUCUUCGAUCGGUAUAUUGCUGGGUGUGUUUAGUAGUCUGACUACCUCGGUUCAUGCGAUUGUUGUCAAGAAGUCAUUGUCGAUCACCAGUUCACCUAUCGAGUUAUCUUACUAUAAUAAUCUUCUUUCGGCUGUUCUAUUGAUUCCUAUCAUCUGCACUACCUCUGAAGUCAACACUUUUGUCAGUCUCAUUCAAAGUGGAGGUGAUAACUUGCGCACAUUCAUCAUUGGUGCACUUGUCACUGGUCUUUUUGGUUUCCUUAUCUGUUUGGCUGGCUUCCUGUCUAUCAAGGUGACAUCUCCGGUCACUCAUAUGGUUUCAUCAGCUGUUCGAGGAGUCAUUCAAACUUUCUUAGGAAUCUUUCUUUUUGGGGAAGUUGUAAGUUCAGGAAGAUGGAUUGGUAUCAUCUUUAUCUUAGUUGGUUCAGCUUUUUAUACGUUUGUAAAAGAAGCAGAACAACGUGGUGGUUUGGUUCAAAGACCUGUUAGAGAAAGAAAAGAAUCGAUUGGGAUGAAAGAAACGAUUGUUCAUCUUCCGGUUUAUUCUUCUACUACACCUGUUAAAACUCAUCAUCAGAUUGUUCAUCAAAUUUCACAAAGUAAUCAUACACCUACAAGACUUCCUGCUUUACGAAACACUUCUGGUUCUAAUAAUAACUCUCCUUCUUGUGAUCGAAAUGGGGUUUAUUCACUUGAAGUUGAAAAGUAUAAUCAAGAGAUCUUGUUGAAGAAGUCAUUGGUCUAAGUACGUUAGAUGUGGAUGUUGAUCUGAAGCUUUUGUACACCGUGUUGUUAUAGUCCAUUAUUUCUUCAAUUUGCUACGCUCACUCUUGGGUAAUUCUGUAAAACUUUUACACUGUUCCUCAUAUGAGUUCUACAAAUAAUCAAUCGCGCUUCCUUAGCU